AUGUUUCAAUUGGUUCCUGAAGCUCGAAAGUUAUUCCCGAUGACCUUCCGCAACCACUUUGCCGACGAUGGCCUUUUCCACGUGAGCCUGGAGAAGGCGAUUCAAUGCCCGCCGGCACCUGUCCUGGAACACUUCACCCGAGUCUUAGAAGCGAUCGGCUCGGCAGUGGCAGGCUUGCAGAACAAGGAGCGCAUGGUGCCGCAGCUUCUGGCUCUGGGUAUGAAGCAUGCAACCUUGGGCUUGGAAGAGAAGUACUUCCGCGUGGGCAACGCCGCGUUGAUGUUGACGCUCCACGAAGCCUUGGGCGAUCGCUUCACCGUGGUCCUGGAGGAGUCUUGGUCGUUGGUUUAUGGCUUUAUGUCCGCCAACAUGAUCGCGGGGUUCCGUGACUUCCGCUCCAAGGAGGCUCAGGUGGCGGACUUCCGCGCGGAGAUCCAACGGACCAUGAAGAAGAGUGAGAAGACGAAGUCCGACCCCGAGAAGCUGCGGAGCCUGGCUGAGAAGAUCUCUGGGCAGCUGAAGGCCGACAAGGCCUCUACAAAGGGUGAUGCGGAUCUGCCAAACUUGUUGACCGCCACACCCACGCCGUCGUUGCCGGAGAAGGUGAAGGAGACCCUUCUGGUGGAGCCACUGGAAGAGGAAGGAGACUAG